AAUAGGAAGCGCUUGCGUCAAACCCGUUGCUUCCUGGUGUCCUCAAUGAAGAAAUCAUUUUGCCUUUGGUGCUUUUUUGUCUUUUUCUAAAUAAAUCUUAAAAGCUACGAGACCACAAAACGUUUCGAAAAUGAACCGAAUAUUCGGCCGCGGGAAACCGAAAGCUCCUCCUCCUAAUCUGUCGGACUGUAUCGGUAAUGUGGAUGCGAGGUCAGAGUCCAUAGAGAAGAAGAUUGGCAGAUUAGACGCUGAACUGGUCAAGUACAAGGAUCAGAUGAAGAAGAUGAGAGAUGGGCCCUCGAAGAACAUGGUGAAACAGAAGGCGAUGAGAGUCCUGAAGCAGAAGAGAAUGUAUGAAGGUCAAAGAGAGCAGCUGGCUCAGCAGUCUUUUAAUAUGGAGCAGGCAAACUACACAAUCCAGACACUGAAGGACACAAAAACAACAGUGGAUGCCAUGAAGAUCGGUGCAAAGGAAAUGAAAAGGGCUUACAAGGACGUCAAACUUGACCAGAUUGAUGAUUUACAGGACCAACUGGAGGACAUGAUGGAAGACGCCAACGAGGUUCAAGAGGCUCUGAGCCGCAGCUACGGCACUCCAGAGAUAGAUGAAGAUGAUCUUGAAGCAGAGCUGGAUGCGCUGGGAGAUGAGCUGCUGCUGGACGAUGACAGCUCCUACCUGGAUGAGGCGGCAACUGCUCCGUCUAUCCCUGAGGGGAUUCCCAGUGACAGUAAAACAAACAAGGACGGUGUCUUGGUGGAUGAGUUUGGCCUCCCACAGAUUCCUGCCACAUAAACACAGAAGGCUUCAAACAACUGCACUUCAACUGAAAACACUUUUAUAUGUAGAGUAUGCAAAACAUUUGACACUACGAUUUCGAAGCUGUCCUGCUGUUGGGUUGUGUAUUGUUACUACUGAUGUGCUAGCAUGUGGCCUUGUAACAUACCAAACCUUUUUUUAAAAGCAUAAAUCCUUCCAUUUGUCCUCCUGUCUAACACCUGUCAGUCUCGUUCAUCACCAUUAUUAACAGGUUUAUUUUUAUUUGUGUUAUUAGUCUUCUAGUUUUGUGUGUUGUUCAGUUAUUAUCAUUUUGUUUGUGGAAAUAAUUCCCGCAAAUGUCUGCAGGUUAUUUAAAACAUGCAAAAUAAAUGAUGUGUUUUAAUUUAA